AUGGCGGGGCUGAUCGGCACCUCGUUCCUGGGAUCUCCAUCGACCUUGAAGCUCCUCGGCGCGGCCGGCCGGAAUGCCGCCCCUGGGAUGGGGCGGACCUCAGCGCCGCCGGGGGUGGUGGUAGCGAAGAUUCGGGAGAUCUUCAUGCCGGCGCUGAGCUCCACCAUGACCGAGGGGAAGAUCGUCUCCUGGGUUAAGAACGAGGGGGAAAAGCUGUCCAAAGGAGAGAGCGUCGUCGUGGUGGAGUCAGACAAGGCGGACAUGGACGUCGAGACCUUUUACGACGGCUAUCUCGCCGCCAUUAUGGUGGACGAAGGAGGCGUGGCGGCCGUUGGAUCUGCUAUUGCUCUUCUCGCGGAGACCGAGGAGGAGAUCUCGGAAGCCAAAUCGAAGGCGGAGGCGGCGGCGGGAUCGGCAUCCCCGGCUGCUGCGGAAGUUCCCCAGUCUCCUCCUGCGGAGAGCUCUCAGCCGGCCGUGCCUUCCUCCGCUCCCCCUCCUCCGGCGCCGAUCAAAUCUGCUCCUCCGAUCCCUGUUGCAGUGGCUUCAGCUCAUCCGGCUUCCGACGGCGGUGCGCGGAUCGUAGCGUCCCCUUACGCUAAAAAGCUCGCCAAGGAGCUGAAGGUGGAAUUAGCGUCAAUUGUCGGGAGUGGCCCGAUGGGGAGAAUUGUGGCUAAAGACGUGGAAGCAGCUGCUGUUUCUGGAGCAGUUGCUUCUGUGGCGGUUAGCCCACAGCCAGGAAGGCACUCCCCCCCGGCGAAGCCUCCAAGUUCUCCAUCGGUCGAGCUGGGGACGGUUGUUCCAUUUUCUGCGAUGCAGGGGGCAGUAAGCAGGAACAUGGUGAAUAGCCUCUCGGUUCCGACGUUCAGGGUCGGGUACACCAUCACAACUGAUGCGCUCGAUGUUUUAUACAAGAAAGUAAUAUAUUCUGCGCCUUUCUUGACAUGCAAUCUCGUUGAAGAUUUUCAUCUCUCCUUGAAUGUUUUUAUUUGCUCUUAUUUUACGGCUUCAUACAAUUGAAUAUAGAUUAAGUCAAAGGGUGUGACCAUGACUGCGCUGCUAGCAAAGGCAACGGCAAUGGCUCUGGCCAAGCAUCCAGUCGUCAACUCCAGCUGCAGAGAUGGUCAGAGCUUCACCUAUAACAGUAGCAUCAACAUCGCCGUGGCAGUGGCUAUUGAUGGUGGGUUGAUCACGCCUGUUCUUCAGGAAGCUGACAAGGUUUUUACUCUUCGCGUUGCUUGUAGUUACUCGUUCCGUUUCUUUCCCCCUGUCCAUGGAGCUCUGCUAAUGGUCGCACUUUCAGGUCGAUAUUUAUUCCUUGUCGAGGAAGUGGAAAGAAUUGGUUGAUAAGGCUCGAGCAAAGCAGCUUCAACCUCAGGAGUACAACACAGGUAACUCGUUGCUUGCUCGCGUUCUAGCAACGUUUAUGGUCCACCUAGCAUCUCUUUCCAUUUCUGCCUGGUUUUAACGAAAGGGUAUUAUCAUCUGAUGCUUUAGUAACUGGUGGUCGUAGAUUUCACUAAAUCAUUAUACCGAAGAGGCUCUUCAGAUGGCCUCUAUAUUUAAAUUCGGAAGAGUGUGAGAAAUGAGAUGACAACAGUGAUCGUAUAUCACCAAAAUUUAGAUUGCCUGACGGUGGUUUGGUUAAUUCUGAAUUUUACAAUAUUGUCUUAGCAUUUCCCUUUUCUACGAUGGGGAAAAUGAGGAAAAUGAGAAUAUUUCUUCUUUUACAUAUGGCAACGAAGAGUAGGAAGCUUUACUCCUCUUUUCUGUUUCUCCUCAAGAGGACUGUCUCUGCAACCGGAUAAUUGGUUCAGUUAUCAGGACUUGGCGUUGUAGAUAUCAGUUACAGGAGUACGGGUGUCAGCUAAUGGAAGAACAGAAGAGUGUUUGGGAUACACCUUGUCGGGGCUAAUUACUCCAUCAUUUGUUUUCUAGAGAACUAUUUUGGCAAGCUAAUAUGCUAAUCUCUCAUGUUGGGGCUGUGGUAAGAAACACCACUGAGGUUCCGUACGAAGCUGAUCUUGGCGUCCUGGAAGUGUGGCGGCCAGGUGCGGAGGAGCCCUUUUCUGGUUCCUCAUUUCUGGGGGCUGUUAAGAGGAUAUGAUGAUCUCCUGGUCAACGUUGUUGAAUGGGUAAGCUGAUGGUGAUAAUCAAGAAUGCUUUUAAAAAGGCAAUAUACCGAGCUUAUGAUAGAUGCUGCAGUUAAUCUAGCGUUCAUUGAUAGGCACCAUUUCUUAAGGUUUAAAAAUGCAAUUUUUUUUGCGUCCGAUUGUCUUCUUCAAUGGGUACGAUAUUUACUACAACUGCUGGAACAUUACUGAUAGAGAGGAAUGGAAAAAGGAUGACUGAUCGAGCUUCUUUGACCAGGCUUGAGAAUGUUUUGGCAUCACCUCUGGAGGCUGGCCUGACCAAGACAUCGACCAAGAGAAGCUAGAAAACUAUUGUCUACCCUCUCAGUCUCUUCUUUCGAGUCAACCUUCAGAGUUUCUGCUUGCCGCGUAGUCACAUGUUCUUGACCCAGGUAAUAAAACAUUUGAUGGACCCAUUUGCCAGUCCAUGGGUCAUCCCCACACCUUGGAAAGGGCCCAAUCGGCCCAUCUACAGAAGGCUACUUUCAUAAUGAGGAGUUUUGAUCUUGUUGUUGAUCUUCCCUCUCGAAGGGGCAUUUGGGAUGGAUGAGUUAGAGAAUACUUGGAAUGAGCAUGGAAACAAUUUCUACACUCUGCUUGAGAUGUCAAAGUAAGUCAACGUGGAUAGCUUGGCUGAGAUAAUGGAUCCUUCCUACAGGGGGACCCAAAGCUUGAAAGAGGUUGAAGAAGUGUGGUAGACAAUCGGUGGUCAGCUACCUGAUUCUGGACGGCUUGAGGUGGCAACGUUAACAUUUAUAGAAAAACUUAGCAGUGGGAAGAGUGGAUUAUGAACAAGGGAUGAUGUCCUCAUGAUUUUCAUCUUCAUCUUCAAAAUGGGGAAAUUCGUCUCCAUCUUUUUGCAACUUUCAGUGCACUAAGGAUCAAUCAUAAGAAGAAGGAAAACCCAUAGAGCAGGAUUAGUCUGCUCCAUUUCUCCUCUUCUCUGCCUGCAGCUCGGUUCUUCCUGUGCUUGACUGCCCUUUUUUUUCUUUCUGUGCUUUUCAGGCACGUUCACUCUCUCCAACCUUGGCAUGUUCGGAGUAGAUCGCUUUGACGCCAUCCUGCCACCUGGCACUGUAAGUGGAUCUGGGACUCCAGGCCUCGAGCCUUCUUCCAGAAACUCUGAUCGCAUUGAUCGGUUGUCCGCUUGCUCCAGGGAGCGAUCAUGGCCGUUGGAGCAUCCCAGCCGAGCGUUGUUGCCACCAAGGACGGUCGGAUCGGGGUGAAGAGUCAGAUGCAGGUACCAUCAUCUUCUACAAUUUCUCCCCCGUAUCAAACUUAAUUCCAGGUUCCUCCCAUUUUAUGGGAAAUCGAAGCAGGCUUUCAGUUCAGGGUUUUGUCACGCUCAUCUUCAUCAUCAAUUUCCCUUCCCACAUAUGAAGCUACCAGUUGUUCCUCCCCUCUCUCCUGAGAAGAGAUCCAGGAAGGGUUUCAGUUUAGGGUUUCAGUUCCUCCCAUAUCAUAAGAAAUCCAAGCAGGGUCUCAGUUAAGGGUUUUGGCGUACUCAUCUUCAUCAUCAAUUUCCCCUCUCCACAUAUGAAGCUGUCAGUUGUUCCUCACCUCUCUCCUGAGAACAGAUCCAGGAAGGGUUUCAGUUUAGCGUUUCAAAUUAGGGUUUCAGUCUAGGGUUUCUGUUCCUCCCAUAUCAUGAGAAAUCCAAGCAGGAUCUCAGUUCAGGGUUUUGUUAGACACAUCUUCAUCAUCAAUUUCCCUCCCCACAUAUGAAGCUGCCAGUUGUUCCUCCCCUCUCUCCUGAGAAGAGAUCCAAGAAGGGUUUCAAAUUAGGGUUUCAGUCUAGGGUUUCAGUUCCUCCCAUAUCACGAGAAAUCCGACCAGGGUCUCAGUUAAGGGUUUUGGCGCACUCAUCUUCAUCAUCGAUUUCCCUCUCCACAUAUGAAGCUGUCAGUUGUUCCUCCCCUCUCUCUCGAAAUCCAGUUAGGGUUUCAGUUUAGGGUUUUUAGGCUUCUUGAAGGUUCUGAAAACGGGGGAGAUUUCGAUCAUGCAGGUGAAUGUGACGGCCGAUCAUCGGAUUAUUUAUGGAGCUGACCUCGCGGCGUUCCUGCAAACCCUGGCGCAGAUCAUCGAGGAUCCAAAAGACCUCACCUUUUAG